AUGCUUUUCCCAAAAAUUAUUUUUAUUUUUUUAUUUUUCACAAUUUUCACACAAACAAAUUGUGAAAAUAUUUAUAAUCAAACACAAAUUGAAUGGGAGAACUAUUAUUCGACAAUAAUUUCAAAUUUAAUUUAUAGUUCAUUUAGAUAUCCAACUACAUUAAAUUCCCCAUCAUUUAUAAUUAAUAAAAAAUCACAACCAUGUGAACAAUAUACUUUUUCAAAUAAUAAUCCUUCAAUAAAUAAAUUAAAUUUAAACAUAGAAAAUAUUAAAAAUAGUUCAUUUAAUUUUAAUGAAAAAUUAAAAUGUUAUACAGAUAAUAAUAAUCUAGAAGAUUGUAAAAUUAUUUUACCAAUUUCAAGAUGUAUUGAUAAUGAUUCACCAAAUUUAUCAGAUAUUCAAAUAAUUUUAUUAUUUAUUGAUAAAGGAUUAAAUGUAAAGAAUUCAAUUAAAUCUUAUUUCUCUUCAAAACAAACCUAUUUUUAUUAUGUUUCAUCAUUUUUAAGUAAUUAUCAAUCAAUUGAUCAAUAUAAUCGUUCAAAUUCAUAUUGGAAUGAAAUGAUUGAACAAAUUAAAUUAAUAAUUAAUAAUUUUAUAAAUUUAUCACAACCACCAAUUCCAAAAAACAUUCAAUCACUUUUAUCACCAAUUGAUCCAUUGAUUUUAUCAGAUCCAUUAAAAUCGAAAAUAAUUGAUCAAACAUCAUAUUCAAUUAAUACAGUUUUAAAUUCAUUAAAUUCAUUAUUAAAUAUUUUACAAUUUUUACCAGAUUAUUCUCCUUAUUCAACAGUAGCAGCAGUAUCAUCUUCAUCAUCAACUUAUAAUUUAUCAAUAAAUUCAACUUUAACAAAUAUUUUAAAAGAUUUAAAACAAUUAAAUGAUUAUCAAUUAUCAUGUAUUGAUAUAUUUUUUGGAUCAACAAAUCAAUUUGAAAUUCAAAUUCCAAAUUUAUUUGAAGCAGGUCAAACUCUAUUAGAAUAUUAUUUAGAAUUUACUACCAGUUCAACUUUAAUCGGAUUAUUAGUAAAUGAAUUAUUAUUAUUAAAUAAUUUAUCAAUUGAAUCAAAGAAUAUUAUUAUUGGAGAGUAUCAAAAUUUAAAUUUUAAUAAUUUAAAAUCAAUUGAAUCAAAUUUAUUUUUAAUUUCAAAUUUAAUAAAAUCAAGUUCAAAUUUAAUAACUUCAGGUAGUGGCAGCAGUACUCUAAUAUUAUCAACUUCUUUAAAUUAUUUUUAUUGUGAUUUUAAUAUUAUAAAUUCAAUAUAUAAAUCAUUUAAUCAAAUUAUUUCACCAUCUUCUUCAACAACAUCAUCAUUUUAUUAUAGUUUAUCAAAAAAGAUUACAUUUGAAGAUAUUUGUUAUUGUAGAGAUUUGGUAAAAAAGAUAGAAUCAACAACAUUAGAUUUAACAAUUUUAAAUCAAUUAUCAGGUACAGGACAAUUAGUUGGUAUUGGUAAUGGUGGUGGUGGUGGUGGUACUGAUAUUUUAAUGUAUGAUUUUGGUAAUAAGAAUAAUGUUAGAUUUAUUACAUCUAGUUUAUUUUCAAAUGUAGUAAAAAGUUCAGAUUCAUUAUUAUUUCAACAAGAUGGAUAUGUUUUAAAUUUAGUUUAUCCAAAAUCAACAAAUAAACCAAUCAUUUAUCCACCACCAAUAAUUAUACCACCAGUCGUUGGAACAGUUUCACCAAAUUCAUGUCCUUAUCCAACUUGUAGACAUUAUGAUCACAGUGAAUGUGUCACUGAUGUUACAGUGAAUUUUUAUUAUGGUUUCGAUGGUGUUUGUGAUAUUUGUAGAGAUAUUCCUGAAAAUACGAUUGCCAGUUUUCUAUUGAGCAAUGGUAAAAUUGGUAUUUCACCAUUUUGUCCUUACCUAUGUGGUCUACCAAAACAAUAUAAAUUAGGUACUUGGGAUAAUUAUAACCUUCAACCAUGUAUUGAUACUCCAAUUGGUUAUUAUUCACCAUUAAUGAAUAACACAAUAUAUGAAUGUACAAUACCAACUUCACCAUCUGCAUUCACUAUUAAUUCAAAUAGAUUAGGGUUCGGUUCAAAUGGCAUAACUGAUAGUUGUUUGGUAACUCCAAAAUAUCAAUUGAUUUUCACAAAUUCAGAUUAUAAUUCACCACGUAAUAUUUUACCAACAGAUUUUUUAAAUCGUGCUACUACAAUUGAAAUGUGGUUAAAAAUUGAUACAGCAAAUUUACCAAACAUUGAUUCUAUUGUUGGUAUUACAGGAAUUUAUCAAUCAUGGGAAUUAUCAUUCAUUUACACUGCAAGUAACAAAACAAUUACACCUUCAAUAACAAACCCAUCAACACAACAAAUCAUUUUCAAAGAUUCAACAGUACCUUCAAUGGUAAUACCAGCAUCAUUCUUUCAUUUUGCAGUUAUAGUUGAAACUAAUAAUAUCAUUAGUUUCUAUAUAAAUGGUGAAAGAGUUGGUAGGACUAUAUUCACAACUACAGCUUUCAAUGCUCAAUCAAACUAUCAAUAUAUUGGUGGUUCACAAUUUAAUAGAAUCUCUUUUAUGAUUGAUGAAUUUAAAACUUAUAACAGAGCAUUAUCACCAAAGGAAUUAGGUUAUAAAAAUACAAAUGAUAUGAUUAUUAAUUCAUGUGAUCCUCAAAUUGGUGAAACUUUAUGUAAAGGUAAUUGUGUUUCAUCUUGUUUAGAUUCCGAUGGUUUGGCUUUAAAUUUAACCGAUUGUACUUGUCAUUGUAAAGAUACUUCAAAAGAAUUUGUAGUUAAUGGUGGUUUAAAUUAUUGUCUAUCAAAAUGUCCAACAAAUUCAUUUAGAAAUUUAAAUGAUCCAUCUCAAUGUGAUUGUAUUGAUGGUGAAUUUAAGUUAUUGAAAACAAAACAACUUUUAAUUUCAUCAGUCUAUCAAUAUAAUAAAAGUGAUAAUUAUUAUUCAAAUAAUAUUGAUAAAAAAGUUGGUUUACUUUCAGUUAGAAUUUUUAAUGAAAGAGGUGAACAAAUUAAACCAAUAUCAUGUUCAUCAAGUAGUAAUGAUGGUACUGGUAAUACCUGUAAUAAUUUAUUCGAUGAUAAUGCAAAUAGCUAUUGGUGUACGAGUGGUCAAACAGGUUUUGGCUAUGUUAUAUUAAAUUUACCAUCGACAACUAAAAUCUCUAGAAUAUCAAUUACACCAUUACCAAAUCCAACAACAAUGAAAGAUAUUUCAAUUUCAAUUUCAACAGAAUCUUCAAAUUUUAUAGAGUUUGAAAUUGUGAUUCCAAAAUCAACAUUACCAUUACAAGCUAAUCAAAUUGAUAUAGAUUAUGAAACUGUUUCUCCAAAGAGUGUAGUGCCAUUUGCUUGCAUUGCUUGUCCAACAAUGCCAACCUUUAAAGAGAGUCCCUCAUCAUUAAGCUAUAUUUAUCCACCAACUUCAUUACUACCUCGAAAUGAAAUCAAUAGUUGUGGUUGUUUUGGUCGUUUUUCAUUUGAUAAAUCUAGUUUCUCUUGUAUGCCACCAUUACCAGCACCAACUUUUACAUUACCUUCUGGUUCCUAUAAAACUGAUACAAUAGUGAAUUUAGUAUACGAUAUUCAAGUUACCACUGGCUAUACAUUACGUUAUACAAUUGAUUCUAGUGAUCCAAUUGAAACAUCAAUAGCUUUCCCAACUAGUCAAGGUUUAACAUUUACAAAUAUCGAUACAAUAGAAUUAAAAGUACGUUCAUUUAAGAGUGGUCGUUUAAGUAGCGAUGUUGCCUCAAGUAUUUAUAAAUUUCAAGGUUUAAUUAAUUGUACCUUAACACCAUCACCAUACUCUGCCUCCAAUGGUGAUACACUUAUUUUUGAUGUAAAGGUGACUAUAUUAAUUGAUUGUAAAACCACCCCAUCAAUUAAUAGUAUUUCAUCAUCAUGGAUUUAUUAUUCAACUGAUUUAUCAGAUCCUCCAAGUAAUAAAUAUAAUCCAAAGUAUGGUGUCGAUUUAAUUGCAGAACCAACCAUUGGUAUGAAUAAUAUUACAUUUAAAGUACUUUCUAAAUUGGAUCAAUAUUUCAGUUUUACAGGUGAUUUCAUUUAUAAAGUUCAACCAACCAUACCACCACCAAUAAUUUCACCACCUAAUCAAAUUAAUUUUACCAAUAGUGUACCAUUGAAAAUAUUAAUACCAUCCAUAGAGGAUACAACUUCAACUUCAAUUACUACCAUUACCUUUUAUAAAAACUAUAGUAUAUUUUAUGAUAUAGUUGAUCAAGGUAUUACUAAUCCACCACUAUUAAAUAGCUCCAGUGGUAUAGAAUAUUUUCAAGAUGAUUAUUUAGUAAUUCAAUGUACAACACCUGAAUUUGGUUGUUUAUUACAUCUUAGAGCCAUUGGUUGUAUAAAUCAAGCAUGUUCAAGAAUUACUCAAAAAUACUUUAAAUUAACAUUUGAUUUCGAUCAAUUAUUACCAACUAUCAAAUCAAAAUAUCAAAAAGAUUCAAAUAGUUAUUUAAUUACAAUUCAAAGUAAUUCAUUAUUAGUUGGUCUUAAAACUUUAUAUCAAUAUACAUUAAUAAAAAGUUCAAGUGAUUUAUCAGUUUGUCAAUCAUCUUUAGAUAUUCAAGUUUCAAAUAGUUUAGAAUAUUUAAAUCCUUUUAAUAUAUCUUCAAUUGAAAAAGGUUAUUAUUGUAUUUGUUCAAAAAAUUUUAAAAAUUUUUUUAAUAAAUUAUUAAAUAGUAAACAAAUUUGUAAAGUUUUAGUUUAUACAUAUCAAAUGGAUCCUCCAAUUUUUUUACAAUAUGGUGAAUAUAUUUCAAACUCUCUUGAUUUUGGAAUUUAUCCAAAUAAUAAAAACUUUCAACAUAUUGGAUCAUUCAAAGUUGAAGUUGGUAAUGGUGAUGCAACUGAAGAUUCACAACCAUUAAAUGGAACUAGUUUAAUUUUGAAAUUAUCUCCAAGUUUAUCAUAUCAAAAGUUUUCAAUUAGUGCAAUUGAUUGUCCAAAGGAUUUUAUUUGUUCAGAGCCAUCAAAUUCUGAAAUCAUCUUACGAGAUAGAUGUUCUGACCCAUAUGUUUCAAAACCAUCAGGUACCUAUUAUAAAAAUGUAACAAUCUAUGGUAAUUGUGAUAAUGGUUGUUUACCAGUUAUUGAGUUUAUAAAUUCAUCAAAUCAAAAUGAUCCAGCAACAAUCCCAUCACCUCAAUCUCAACUAUUUCCAUCAAGUUUAUUUUUAUCAUCACCAAAUUCUGAAGAAACCAUUACAAUCUUUUUAAUGAUGUGUGUAAAUAGUUUUAAAGCAAAUAGUAAUAUAUUAGAUUUCAUUUACACUGUAGAGAAAUAUCUUCGUCCAAACAAACCAAUAAUUAAUCCAGGUCAAGGAGGUUAUUUGGAUAAAAGUAAAAAUCAAUUCAUCACAAUGAGUUGUACAACACUUUAUCCAGGUGAAAGUUGUUCAAUAUUUUUCUCAAUUAAAUAUUCGAAUUCCAAAUCCAACAUACCACUUUUAAUUGAUGCAAUUAAACAACCAACUGGCUCAACUUAUGAUUAUCAAUAUGUUGGUAAAUUCUCUCCAAACUAUGUUGGUGUAUAUUAUAUAGUUGCAAUUGCAACCGUUGAGAAAUCAAACCAACCUUAUGAUUAUCUCUAUUCAACAGAAGCAACAAUUUCAAUAACAGUUUAUGGAGAUAGACCCUUAAUUGAAAUGGUACCAUUAGUAACAUCAUUCCAUCCAUCAACUCUGAUUUCUUUAGUAUCAAGUUCCACAACAGAUAUUAACGAUUUAAUAUUUAUUUAUAUUUCAAAUUAUAAUGACACAUAUUAUAAAUCAAUUCCUCCAUUAUAUAAUUUUAAAAAUUAUGAUUUCUCAAUUAAUAAUUCUUUAAAAAUUAGUGUAAAUACAACAAUAUAUGCAUAUAUCCAAGGAAAGUAUUAUAACAUUAUUGAUGACUAUUCAAUUCAAUCAUUUUCUUUAUAUAAUAUUAAACCAAAUCAAACAGAAAAACCCUCACCAAAUGAUAAUGACAUUGGAAAUGGUAAUAGUAAAAUUAAUCCUCUUAUAUUUUUAUUACUUUUGCUUAUACCAUUAAUAAUUGGAACACUAGUAUAUAGAUUUAUACUUUAUGAAUAUUAUUUAAAACAUAAAUAUUUUAAAAUAUUAAAAAAAUCAAUUAAAACUGGUUUAAAAACUGAAUAA